AAAACUACGGUGUAAGGAAAUCAGGAAAGUGGGUCUCUGGCUCUUCUGGAUUCAAAUUUCAACCCCGACUUGCCUUCCCUUAAUUGGAGAUAAGUAAGCUAUGCUGCUACUGUUUCAUAGAAUGUUUGUACAUUCGGAUUCGUGAAUAAAAGAAGAAGAAGAAAGUAGAAAGCAAUGGCGGGCUUUCAAUUUGGGAAGCAAUCCGGGCCAGGAGGAGCAGGUUCGACUUUUCCUAACAGUGUUGGUUUUCGCCCUUCCCCACCUCCGUUUCAUUCACCUCCUUCUCCCUAUGUUGAUCCUCCGAGAUUUCCCUAUCCCAGGAGGCCUGGAGCACCACACGGACUGCAAUCGCCACCUUUGGCUUUUGAAAGCACGAGUCAUACCGGGGGUGCUCGCCAAUAUGCAGGAGCCCAAAGGCCCACUGAGUCUGCUUCCAGAUGGGGUGCCAUGCCGAAAUCUUUUGUUGAUGAUUAUGAUGCUCAAACUCAAGCAGUUCCUUCUGCAAAAACAUCAUUUGUUGCUUCGAGAAAUUUAGGAACUGGUGUUACAGCUAAGGUUGCCCGAUUUACUGAUCUCAAAAGAACCAGAUCACCUCCUUUACAUUAUAGUGACGAAGAGAUUCCAAAAUAUUCCAGUACAAGUGCUCUUCAAAGCCAUUUGGAUUCGACUGUUGAUAGCAGCGGCUACUUUGUUCCACCUGGAAGAAGAUCACCUGGUUUGGAAUUUGGGAACAAUCCUUCUACCAAUAGCUUUCGUCCUUCUUUUGGUGAAGAUCGGAGGCCUUAUAAAUCGCCACCUAGCUUGGGUACAAGGCCAAAUGCUUUCUCGAAUAUUGCUGAUCCUCGAAUCCCCCAGAGGUCCUUGCCAUCUGCAAGUGCUAUGAUUGCUGAAGCUGCUGCAACAAGGCCCACCAGCUCCCCAAUUCCCAAAAGGGAGAGGUCACCUGCUGAUGAAGUUAUUUGGGGAAAUCAUUUGUCACCUGCAAAUGAUAUGAUUGCUGAAGUUGCAACAAGAAGGUCCACCAGCUCCCCAAUUCCCAAAAGGGCGAGGUCGCCUCCCAUAAAUUCAACCGAUGAAUUCUCUCUUGGAAAUCCCCAUAUGGCUGAAGAUGGUACUGAACGAGAAAUGCAAGCUAAGGCAAGGCGAUUAGCACGCUUCAAGAUCGAACUAAGUGAACCUACUCAAGACAGUUCUGAUAUUGCAGGCAUGAAGGUUUCUUCAAAUAAACUGGAACAUUCUUCAGGGGGAAGGCAAAAACUUGUUGGAGAGCAUUCUAUCGAGUCAGCAUGUGAUGUCCCCAACCGCAAUACCUCAUCUGAUUAUGACAGCUUGGAGACAUCGAGUGUCAUCAUUGGUUUGUGUCCCGAUAUGUGUCCUGACUCAGAGAGGGCAGAACGAGAAAGAAAAGGUGAUCUCGACCAAUAUGAACGCUUGGAUGGGGAUAGAAAUCAAACAAGUAUGUUGCUUGCCGUCAAAAAGUAUACUAGGACAGCCGAGAGGGAAGCAAACUUAAUACGUCCCAUGCCAAUUCUGCAGAAGACGAUUGACUAUCUGCUCAGUUUACUAGAUCAACCUUAUGAUGACAGGUUUCUUGCCAUAUAUAACUUCUUAUGGGAUAGGAUGAGAGCAAUCCGAAUGGACUUAAGGAUGCAACAUAUUUUCAAUCAAGAGGCUAUAACCAUGCUGGAGCAAAUGAUAAGGCUUCAUAUAAUUGCUAUGCAUGAAUUGUGUGAAUAUACAAAAGGAGAAGGCUUUUCCGAGGGAUUCGAUGCGCACCUGAAUAUUGAACAGAUGAACAAGACUUCAGUUGAACUCUUCCAAAUGUAUGAUGAUCAUAGGAAAAAGGGAAUUAAUGUGCCAACAGAGAAGGAGUUUCGAGGUUAUUAUGCACUUCUCAAACUGGACAAGCACCCUGGUUAUAGAGUUGAACCAGCAGAGCUCUCACUUGAUCUUGCAAAAAUGACACCAGAGAUAAGGCAAACCUCUGAAGUGAGAUUUGCUCGGGAUGUAGCGAGAGCUUGCAGAACAGGUAAUUUUAUCGCGUUCUUUCGCCUUGCAAGGGAAGCUAGUUACCUUCAAGCGUGCUUAAUGCAUGCUCAUUUCUCAAAGCUACGUACACAGGCUCUUGCUUCUUUAUACUGUGGUCUACAGUAUAACCAAGGUCUUCCUGUACCUCUUGUCGCUAAGUGGCUUGGAAUGGAGGAAGAAGACAUAGAAAGCCUUUUGGACUAUCAUGGUUUUGUGAUUAAAGAAUUUGAAGAGCCAUAUUUGGUCAAGGAAGGCCCAUUUCUACAUGGUGACAAAGACUUUCCUAUUAAAUGUUCAGUCCUUGUUAAUCUCAAAAGAUCGAAAACAAUAGUUGGGGAUGUUUCUCCUAUAGUUGAGGAUGAUUUACCUUCCACUCAGAUGACUUCUUCGUCUUCCCCAGUUUUCGGAAAGAACCAUCUUGGUGAGAUUUAUAAGCAUGACAAAAAAUCUUUGCCGUCCGUUUUUGUGGAAAAUAAGAGUCCCACACAUGCAAUCGAUGAAGAUAUGCCCAGUGCUGAAGCUAUUGUCUCUCCAAAAUUUGGCUCACAAUUGAAGACAAUCAAUAAAGCAUUAAUGGUUGAAGGAGACCAUAUGGCGGCUAGUGCCCAAGCCUCACCACUGCACUCCCCAUCAGUCUACCAUUCACUUGAGUCCCAACCAGCUAAAGUUGUGGACAAAGCAACCCACGGUGCUCCUUUUACAAUAUCUACUGAGAAUAAUAUCUUUUCAAGUGUGGAUGGCAUGCCAUUGCAAAAUGUGUCAAGAUCAAUUAUACAAGAGAGAUCCCCUAGUGGUAAAUAUGAUUAUGCUAUGGCAAAUUCAUUGGCAGUCAUACCAAUGCAGAAUGUGCCAAAAACUGCUGAGCAAGAAAGUUCUAUCAGCAAUCAUGAUUUUGCUGGGGGGAAUUCAGAACCUGAAAAUCUGUUUUUCAAUAAAUUAGAAGAUAGAGCUUCUGAUGUAUAUCAAGAAAACAGUUGUAUUAGUCACAAAUUAGAAGGUGAAGUACCUUUGGACUCUGAAGUAGAAAGUGGUAAUGGUGAAGUUACAGUCGAAUGUCAUAAUGAGGAAGUUGCCCAGGCAAAAUACAAGUUGAUCUUACGGUUAUGGAGACGAUGGGCUUUGAGGAGGAGGAUAUUACGUGAGCAGAGGAAGUCAGCAGCAAAUGCUGCUCUUGGUUCAUUAUCACUGGGACCACUGCUUUGGCACAACAAAGAUCAAGCAAGCAAAGUUGGCAAGGUUGACAUUGAUAAUGUGAUGAGGGAGAGACAUGAAAACCGUUCACAGUCAUGGUCGAAGCUGAAUGUUUCAGAUCUGGUUGCAGAUAAAUUGAGCAGAAGGAAUCCUGAAGCUAAAUGUUUGUGCUGGAAAAUUAUUUUAUGUUCUCAGGAAGACAAAUUGGGACAAAAGAACCAGGUUGCACAUUUGGCUCCUCACUCAUGGUUGUUCUCAAAGCUAAUGCCUUGUGGAGAAGUUGGUGGAAACAAUGAACUGGCAUUUUCGUCUCGUGGCCUGUCAAUUUGGAAAAAGUGGAUCCCUAGCCAAUCUGGUACAGAUCUCACCUGCUGCUUGUCAGUCAUUAAAGAUGCUGCGCUUGGUAAUCUGAACGAGACUGUAAGUGGUGCAAGUGCUGUUAUGUUUCUUGUAUCUGAAAGCAUACCAUGGAGAUCGCAAAAGAUCCAACUUCAUAAUAUUCUAAUGUCGAUACCUUUUGGGUCUUCCAUACCCCUUCUAAUCUUAUGUGGCUCAUACAGUGACGAGGUUUCGGAUCUUUCCACCAUUAUUGUUAACGAGCUGGGGCUCCAUGACAUUGACAAAUCAAAAAUAAGUAACUUUUUGGUGAAUUUCCUUGUUAGUAACCAGAAAAUGCAAUCCUCAGAUGAGUUUUUCAGUGAUGAACGAUUGAGAGAAGGGCUACUGUGGUUGGCAAGUGAAUCACCUCUGCAACCAGUUCUACGUUGUGUGAAAAUGCGUGAGCUGGUUCUGACCCACCUAAAUUCUUCACUGGAGGUUCUUGACAGGAUGGGUGUUAGUGAAGUAGGUCCAAACCACUGUAUCUCUGCAUUCAAUGAAGCAUUAGAUCAGUCGCUGCAGGAAAUAGAUAUUGCUGCAAAAUCUAACCCUACUGGAUGGCCUUGUCCGGAUAUCGCUCUACUGCCAGAUAACAGUGACGAGCAUAUAAUGGUGAGCUGGUACUUGCCAGAGGUAAGAUGGAACUCGCAGGCAAAAAUUGAACCGCUUUUAUAUGCAGUGAGGAACUGUAAACUUCCUACAUUUCCUGACAAAAUAUCCUGCUUGAGCAAAGGGUCAAAUGUGCGCCAGGAGAUUGACAACCAGAAAUCACUCCUUGAAGAUUGCUUGAUCAGCUAUUUGAGUCAAUCAAGUGAGAUGAUGGGAUUUCCUCUAGCCUCAAAAGAGGCACAUGUGAUGCUGCAAAAAAGCGUUCUGCUGGAACUACACAAUUCAAGCUACUAUAUUGUUCCUAUGUGGGUUAUGAUCUUUCGCCGGAUUUUUAAUUGGCGACUAAUUAGUUUAUCCAAUGGCCUCUUCUCCUCUGCUUAUGUUUUGGAGCAUUGUUUUGUCACUCCAACUGCAGAAAAUAUCUACAAGUCCAGGCUUGAAACUAGUUUAAGUCGACCAUCACUGGAUGAGAUGAUUGAAGUUGGCUGCAGCUUUUCACUCAUGUUAGAGAAGGGGGGUGGUCAGUCACAUCCAGAAGUUACUCAUUCUUGGUCAGCGGUGGUAUCUAAUGGGGAACUUCAACAAGUCAUUACUACCAGCGACACGAGAGAAGCUGAGAGAAACGAAGAGACUGGCGCCUUGGCUUCAAUGGAUAAUUUUGCUCCUCUAGUUUCUGAAUUUGACAAUUCUAGUACUAAAAGUGUGGUGGAAAGCCAAGUAUCGAAGGCAGCUGAUAAACUAAGCAGGUUGUUGGAGUACUGUAAAAUUAGACAGAACAGUAACAGUGACAUGUUGUCAAUUUAUUUCUAGUUGUGUAUAGUAUCUAUGAACGAGAGAGAUCCCCUAAAUAUGCAGAGGGGGGGAUUUUGUAUGAGCAGUUAUUGUAACACUUCAUUGCUUUUUCUAAGUGGUAAAAUGCAUUUCAUUCUUGUA